GCACACUCGAAACACAGAGGACGCUUACAGUAAAGAUGACGCCGAUCCUGCUCGGCAUGAGCCUAGUGCUGCAGAUUGGUAUACAGUUGACAAAAGGGCAAACCGCAACGAAUGGACAUUGGUGCUGUGGAAUAGAACUUCGUCCCAUCGUCCGAACAGUCAGAUUCACGAUGACAGAGAUUACCUACAGAAUUACUACAAAAAGAAUCAUUGACGGGUAUGGCCCAUGUUAUGACGCCGAUGGGGAUACGAGUAGAGGUCAAGGUCAGCCUGGUCGAGGUUACGGAGGCGGAGGUCAACCUGAUAGAGGUCAGAGAGGUAUGGGUCAAGGUCGACCUGCUAGAGGUUACGGAGGGCGAGGUCGACCUCAUAGAGGAGGUAGAGGUCCACAUGGAUGCUGUAAUCACCGAAAUGGACGUUAUAACCACCGAUACGAGCACCACCACCGGGCACAUAUGAGGCCAUCCUACAGAAGAAGCCCCUAUAGUGGCGAUGGACGAGCGAAGCGACAAGCGGCAGGGCACACUGACACAACAUGGCGGACCGAGUCUUACGAUUGCCCCAUUUAUAAGACAAUCACGCAGAGUCAUCCUUACACUAGGAUCGGAUACACGACACGAGAGGACGCCCGCUACCCGUCAUGUCCAAAUCAGUACUUGAAGUGUUGCCCUGGAUACGUGCUCAUUGGAAAUGGUUGUAUUGAAGAACAUCGUGCAGCGGCAGCGAACGAGACUUAUCAACGAUCACUCCGUGACUCAGUUUUAAAAAUACUUGGUGAUACUUAA